GCGAGUCGACGGCUGUAUCGCGAGCAGGCUGAUUCAGUUACGCCGAGACCUCUCGAGACGCAACAGAUGUAUAGGGAUAGGCCAUUCAUGUUUUGACCGACGAGUGCGCGAUUCUAUUUUUAUUAUUUAUUUAUUAUUACUUACCUGCGUGCACGUCGCCCACGCUUCGACCUUUCCGAUCCCUCCUUUCUCUGCGGGUCCGCAUUUAUUUAUUUAUUUAUUUAUUUAUGUAUUUAUUCAUUCAUUCAUUCAUUCAUUCGUGUUCAGAAAUUCGCGAGUGAUACAUAAAUCUUGAAUCACCCAAUUGUUUGUACGCGCGCCACACGAUCGUCAGUGACAGAUCUCGUCAUGGUGUACGGCAGUAGCUUCGACAUGGAUUCGAUGCCACAGACAGUACCGUCCGCGGCUGGGUUCUCGGCGUCUUUCGACUACAGCCCGUUCGCUUUCGACCUCUCGCUACUUCCCGAGGACCAAGACUCCCUGAACCCCCAGAGUAGCCUGUUGAAACCACCCCAGAUAAAGCGCGAGGCCUGCUCCCCUAGACCAGGAUCGCCGAACACCUACCCGAGCCCACCUUAUCCCGGGCUCUGCGGAGAGCUCUCCCCGAAUUAUUCGGCCGGCGAGGGAUCACCAGGGUACCCCACCAGCCCGUACUACGUGCCCCAGAGUCCUCUCAGCGCCCAGUUUUACCCGACGAGUCCCGAACCUGCCUCUAAACAGCCGGUCAAGAGAGAAAAGAGCUUGGACCUCCUGGCUAUCCUUCAAGAGUCUAGGCUUCUCGCCGAAAGUCUUGGAUACAAGGAUCAGGACUCGACGGACUGCACGGUGCCCUGCACACCACCGCGUACCGAAGAGGACAUAUACAACUCGCUGGACACGGACUUCUUUGCCAAGAAGGAGGAGGAAUCGAACCCACUCUUGAAGGAAAUACUCUUUAAGGAGGAACCGCUUUCGGCGAAUUCGUCCUCACCGUUAUCCCAUAACACUACUGCGAUAGAAUACGAGAAUUCUCCCCUUCGCGAACUCCUCUUUAGAGGUACAACCGGUAGUCUUCAUCAUCAUCAUCAUCAGCAGCCGCAGCACCACCACCACCACCAGCACCACCAACAACACCACCAGAAUAAGCCAGGUGAUAUAAACGAAAAUUUGACUGGCGGAAGGCUCGAGGAGGAGCAACAUCACCACCUCGCUUCACCUGCGGGUAGCGAUCUCCAGCUAAGGGAAGAGGCGAUAUUUAAGGAACACUCGAAGAACGAUCACCAGCUUCUCCGGGAGGUUCUCAGGGACACAAGCUUUCAGAGAAAGUACAACCUGAGACCCGUAGACCUUGGAGGCGUUGGGACGGGUUUCGUCGAGAACAUGGAGGGUAGCGAGUGCGUCGGUGAUUUGGCCAGAGAGCAAAUCGAGCCGGUACUAAGCCUCGCCAUACAGCAGCUUCAGAAGGACUUUGACAAUACCUGCGUCGCUCUAGGCAUUCAUCCCGAACCGAGGCGGUGGAGCGCCGCUGAUGUUGCUGCCUGGGUCCAAUGGGCUCGUAGACAGCUCCAGUUACCGUCGGUACCGCUCGAGAGUUUCAAUAUCGAUGGUGCCACCCUCGCGUCCCUCACCGAGGAAGACUUUUGCCAAAGGGCUCCGCAGUGCGGCAGCAUGCUUCACGCUCAACUCGAGAUCUGGAAAGCGGCGGUCGAGGAAUCCCCGAGAAACACCCUCGCGGCCUCUUGGAGUCCUCCUGGAACCGUUCCAGCGGCACCCGCGAACAACGUAGGCGACGCUACCUCGACGCCGGCCUCUGAAAACUCUGCUGGACCAGCGUCCGCGGGUAGCGGUUCGGGAUGCGCGAUGCAGGAAUAUUCGGAAGACGAGGAAGAAGAUCCGAGUCCCGCGCAGACCGCCGGUGGAAAGAUCCGUAACGGUGGAUCCCACAUUCAUCUCUGGCAGUUCCUGAAGGAACUCUUGCAGAGCCCUGGACUACACGGGUCGUGCAUCCGGUGGUUGGACCGAAGCAAAGGGGUCUUCAAGAUCGAGGAUUCCGUGCGGGUCGCCAGGCUCUGGGGUAAGCGAAAGAAUCGCCCGGCUAUGAACUACGACAAGCUCAGCCGUAGCAUAAGACAGUACUACAAGAAAGGCAUCAUGAAGAAGACCGAACGCAGUCAGAGACUCGUCUAUCAAUUUUGCCAUCCCUACUGCCUCUAGGCGAACGAGAUGCGUGAAAGAGGAAAUUUCUUACGCAUACCUUGGCCUGAUGUGUCGAGUAUGCGUAAGUCAAUCAAUUACACUUCCGUCCUCACAUUAAUUCGUAUACUGUAUAGUUCAUUUCUUAGAUUUAUUGCGUAGAAUACAGGUACGGUAUCAAAGUAUACUGUGCCGAAUUACCGAUGAUAUUUGUGCUCGACUUACGAUCGGACGAAUCUUCGUUCCGCGGUUAUCUUAAUUUUUAUGCGUAUUCUUAACCUUAUUAUUAUUACUAUUACUAUUAUUACUAUUAUUAUUAUUAUUAU